CUUUAUACAUAAACCGACAAGUGUUGGCUGCGCGCCGCCGCCGCCUGCCGGACGCGGCCCCGGGCCCGGCCUGACUCGCUCCCUCGGGCCGGCCUACGGCUGUGACCCCGUGAGCUCCGUGUCUCCAGUGGACCCAGCCCAGGCGAGCUGUCCUUUACCCCGGGAGCGGCCGCACAGGAAAAAUGGCCGGGAAGAGGCGUGGUCCCCGUAGAAAAGGGACUCCCCAAAUAUGUGUUAUUCCGAGGGCGACAGUUGCGUCCCAAAUCCGGGCUACGAAGUUCGUUCUGAGCGUACAGGCGUUCGGUUGUCCCGCGGAGGGCGCGGCCCAACGAGGGCCCGGAGGGGCGUGGCAGCACAUGCAAAUCAUUAGGCGUGUCGGGGCGGUGCGAGCCAGGCUCGUCAGGGGCCAAGAGAGCGCGGGGCCGCAUCGUUAAAGCACUGGACUAGGGACGGGGCCAGGUUCACUAAGGAGCAAGAGUGGCGGGGCCGCACUUGUAAAUCAUUAGGGAGCGGAGCCAAGCUCGCUAAGGGGCCAGAAGAGGCGGGGCCGCACCUGUAAGCGGCGCCUGGCGCCCAUGCCGGCAGGACUGACCCAGGUGCGGAACGGCCUGAGCGAGGCGAGCGCGCCAACGCACCCCACUCCCAUGGCGGCUGCCGGGGGGCCGGAGUCGCCCGUGGGAGCCCCCGUCGCGGAGCCCGCGCCGCCGCCGGCCUGCCGCUUCUUCAUGGAGGGCCGCUGCCGCUUCGGUGCCCGCUGCCGCCAGCCCCACCCCGGGGCGCCGGCGCCGCCGCAGCCUAGAGGCGAGCCUGAAGCCGAGGCCAAAACCAAGAAGCCGCCGCUGCGCACGGCUGCGGCCGUCAUCCAGCGCAUCCGCUGGGACCCGCGCCUCGACCCGGCCGACUUCUCCGUGGGCUACGUUGACCGCUUCCUGGGCUCGCGCGAGGAGCCCUUCCUUUCCUUCUGCUGGGACGAGCCUCUGGCGGCGCUCGGGCCGGGCGUCCUGGCCGUGCCGCAGCACCGGGUGCGCUACUUCCGCUUCCGCGGCCGUCUGGUGUGGGACCGCGCCUCGCGUACGGACCUCGUCUUCGGCUCGGGCUUGGCUGCGGGCCGCGGGUCCACCAUCCUGGACGCGCUCGACGGUGGGGACGCGCACGGGGUCGGAGAGGCGGGCGACGGCGAGGACGCGCACCAGACCGGGCAUGCGAGCGACGGCGAGCACGUGCACGGAGCCGGAGGUGAGAGCGACGGCGUGGACGCGCGCGGGACCGGGGGCGCGCACGACGGCGGAGACAGGGGCGGGGACGUGCACGGGACCGGGACCGGGGACGAGAGUGGCGGCGAGGACGCGUACGGGGCCGGAGGUGCGCUCAGUGGUGGGGACACGGCCGGGGCCGGAGGCGCACUGGACGGCGUAGCUGCGACCUGCCUUGGCACCGGUGCGGGAGGGCGCGUACAGCCAACUUGGACGGAACUCCGGGCCGCCUUGGCCCCGGAUGGCGGAGGCCCCGAAGCUGGGCGCCUGGGGUUGGCGGGGACAUUAUCGAGGAUCCAGGAGCGGGGGUUGGGCGGCCCUGGAGGCCAAGGUUCCCCGUGGAUGCAGCCAAGAAGGGCGCUGAAGCCAGCCGCCGCCGCUAUCGGGGACCUGGAGCCCCCGGGUGGGGAGCUGCCAGCUGUGGUAGCCCCGGGAAGGCCCUCGGAAGGCCUCUCUGAGACGGAAGUGGAGUGGGGUCCCGGGGUCUGGCCCGUGGACGGUGGAGCAGCCGGGGCUGUGGGCCCUCGCCAGCCCCGCCCCACGCACUUCGUGGCCCUCAUGGUGACAGAGGCUGAGCUGCAGGCCGGGGUGGCCAAGGUCCAAGAAGAACUGGUACGAAAUGCACCAGCUUGCGCGGCGUUCACAGUGCCUGCUCAGGCCCUGCACCUGACAGUGGCCCUGCUGAGGCUGGCAGGCCCCGGGGAGCUGGCGGCUGCGGUCGACGCACUCAGAGGCGUGCUCUCGGACCCCGGGCUUCAGGUCCCUCCGAGGCUGAGGUUCAGGCGCCUGGUAUUCCUGGGCUCUCAUGUGCUCUGUGCGCCCCCCGACCCCCCUUUAGAGAACAUGGCCCGAGUGCUCAACCAGAGGCUGGAGGCCGGGGGGCUGAGAGUGCUGCAGCCCUGCAGGGGGCUACACCCCCACCUCACCCUGGCUAAGGUGCCCCAGGGUUCCCAAGUCGGCCUCCCCAAGCCUGGGUUCAGCCCAAGGCAGGAGCUGGGGAGCCAGCCUCUGGGGAAACUCUGGCUGUGCCGCGUGGGGAGGUCAGGGGGCACCUACCAGGCCGUGGCUGAGAUCCCCCUGGUAUCUCAACCCCAAAAGAAAUAAAGGCCAGGACCCAGACACCCAGAGGAAAUCUAGCUCAAGGCAGAAGGACAAAGCGUGCACGCAUGUUUUCUCUCUCUCUCUUUAAUUUUGAUUUCUCUCAAGCUUCCAAAUGGUGCUCAGUGCUCCAAGGAAAGAAUGAAGGAAGGAAAGGGGAAGGGGAGAGGAGGGGUAGGGGAGGCAAAGGAGGAACAUCUGGAAAAAAAGCAGCCCGACAGUCCAGCUGUUUGCAAACUCAUUGCACAUCCUCCAGUUACAUGGCAGAAGAGGGAGGGAGGACGGAAAAGAAAAGGGGAGGAAGAAAAAAUAACUUAAAUAAACACACACAAAAAGAAAAGAGAAGGAAACAUGACGUGAGCUGGUGAUCCAUGAGGCGGGGAGGGAGGGUAACCGUUUACCUGUGCUGAACCAAGGGGGGAGCGGGAGCAGGAGGGGGAGGGAGGGAAGGGAAAAAAAACCAGAAGAAACACUGGGGGUGGAGGGAGGAAGGGACACGGAGACAACUUAAUACAACUGCAGACGAGGCGGCCCGGCUGUCGAGGUCCCGCGAUGGCCUCCGGAGUCCUCAGUGCAGGGUGGCAGUGCGGAUCUGGUGGUGGCGAGGCGUUGGCGUUUCUGGGGUCGGGGGCCGCAGGCAGGGCACAGUCUCUACGCGGCUCCCCUCGCCCCAAACACUGAGGCCCCGGAGGGCUGGGCAACAAGAGUCUGUGGUGAGGCAGAUGAGGCGGCGGGUGGCGGGCUGGUGUGCUGGUGCCCCCGCCGCAGGCGGGCACGGGCGGAGCGGCCUGUCUUCUUCCACUGGCCCCCCCCGGCAUGGGAUGGGCCAGGGUGCCGGGUCGC